ACUACUCUCAGCUGGAGGGAUUCAGGGGGAGUGCAAGGAUGGCCUCGAAGGAUACACUUUACUUUGACGAUCUCAUAAUCAAUAUCAAAGGGGGUCCUUUGGAUUUGCAGUACCUCCUGUCCGCACAAACGUCUUUCGAUGUUUCCAGCAACUUGCUGUUUGGCAAUAUUCCAGAGGAGCUCGCAAAAUUAUACGGCCUGUUACACCUGACCUUGUUCGAAAAUAACUUCACUGGCACAAUUCCCGCAAGUUUAGGUAAGAUAUCAAAUCUUGAGUCUCUAGAUCUGUCCACAACUAGCUUGUUUGGGGCAAUACCACAGGAGAUUGGUCAUCUAUCAUCACUGACAUACUUCAAUGUCGCUCACAAUCAUCUUUCGGGAGUGAUACCCUCAGGACCUCUAACGAGCUCAUACAACGCUUCGUCAUUUGCUUAUAAUGAUGGCCUCUGUGGUUCUCCCUUGCCUCGUUGUGUCAACACGGAUGAUGCACUUCUUCAGAGCUCUUCAAACAAGUGGAUUUCUUUUCCGGGAGUUUUGGCCGGUGCAGUAAUAGGAUUCUUUUCAAUGUCUGCGAUCAUUAUCCUCAACAGGAGUCUCAGGGUUUUCUUCCUCCAGGCUCCAUAUGGAAAGGCCUAUAUCAGACACUACACUAGCGGAAGACCAUACGGCAUGUACAGACCUCCGAAGUGAAGCACAAAUCCACUGUUGUCUCGAUAAGACAUACAUUAUGUAAGAGAGGGGAAUC